CGCGCCGACGCGCGAGCGCGCGCGAUGGGCAGGCGGAUGAAACUGCUCGGGAUCGAAGGCGGAGGGACGACGUGGAUCGCGCGCGCGAUCGAGAUCGACGUCGAGGGCGGUGCGAGCGUGAGCAGCGCGUCGAGCGCGCGAGGGGAGGAGCAUUUCAACAAGAGGGACGGCGGGCGGGAACAGAGGUUUGAGACGACGACGCCGGAGGAGACGCUGCGAACGAUACGAGAGUGGAUCGAAAUCAACGCGUGGGACGCGGAUGCGAUCGGGGUGGCGACUUUCGGGCCGUUGGAGCUGAAUCCAGAUAAAGACAAGUACGGAUACAUCACGACGACGCCGAAGGCGGGGUGGCAAGACGUCGACGUCUUGGGCAGUCUGUUCGGGAAAAAGGACGCGACGGAGGAGGAGGAAAGGGCGUGGCGAGGACGCGCUCGAUUGCACACGAUCGAUCAGGUGCCUUUGGCGUUUGAAACGGACGUCAAUGCGCCGGCGAUGUUGGAACAUAGGGCGUUGAAACACGAGUUGAAACACGUCCAUCUCGUGGGCGGCGAGUCGUGUUGUUACGUCACCGUGGGUACGGGCGUCGGGGUUGGUGUGGUGUGCAAUGGCUUACCAGUGCACGGUAUGCUACAUCCUGAGGCGGGUCACAUGUUCGUCAAGAUGAGAGCAGGGGAAACGUUUGCGGGAACGUGUCCGUUUCAUGGCAACUGCGUGGAAGGCAUGGUCGGAAGCGGAGCGUUGGCAAAACGACGGGGCGUCUCAGCCGCCGAGCUCGCAUCGCUUCCGGAUGACGAUGACAUUUGGGAACAUGCCGCACAUUAUCUUGCCGGCAUGUGCGUCAAUCUCAUCUUAACCCUCGCCCCUGAGCGCAUCGUCCUCGGCGGUGGCGUCAUGCAGCGCGAGUGCUUAUUCAGCAAGAUUCGUGCCAACGUCCGAGACAUCUUGCAGGGCUACCUAGCCGUCGAUCAAAUCAUGGACGAUGCUUAUUUACGACACUUCAUCGUUCCUCCCGCGUGGGGCUAUCAAACCGGUCUCACGAGCGCCCUGUACUUAGCCGAGCGAGCGCUCCAACGCGAGUGAUUCGUGUGUGGAUAUUUGUAAAAACACGAAGCCCCCACCU